AUGCUCGACUACAAGCUCAAUUUUGGAGAGCAUAUAAUUAGGACAGCCGACAAGGCGGCAAAAGUAGUAGCCUCGCUCGACACACUCAUGGCGAACGUCAAUGGUCCCCGACCGUACAUAAGGGGACUACUGAUGCGCGCUGCCGAAGCAGUGAUGCUGUACGGCGUGGAAGUUUGGGCCGAGGCGCUGCAACACGAGAAAUACCGCAAGCGCAUGGCCACGGUACAGAGGAGGGUCGCUCUCCGAAUCGCAUGCUCCUACCGCACGGUCUCUGAGCCCGCGGUGCUAGUGCUUGCGAGAGUAAUCCCGAUCGAUCUACUAUCCCAGGAGAGACAAUUUGUCCACCAGCAGAAGUCCGUUCUGGGAAAGGAGGAGGCAUCAAGGAUCGCCAGGUCUAGCAUCAUCGAGGCCUGGCAAAGCAGAUGGGAACAGGAACCUAGGGGCAGGUGCCCGACUCAUCAGUCGACUAAACAAUUGGCUAAACCGGGAGGCGGGAGAUGUCGACUUCUACUUCACCCAAAUCUUGACAGGACAUGA